UCGCCGCCUCGCCUCGCCGCAUUGCCUCGCCGCCUCGCCUCGCCGCAUCGCCUCACCGCCUCACCUCGCCUGUUGUUCGGUUCGCUCUGACUGCUAGGGUUCUCUCUCUCCCCCUUUCUCUCCUGCUAGUCCAGCCAUUGUGAUCCCGAGGCCAGCCAUUGUCUCGAACAUUUUCAAGAGAUCUCGACGCAGGGAGAGCUUUUGUGGUUAAGCCAAACCAUGACGAGUGCAGUUGUAUCUGGCAUCCUUAAACCUCUUUUGGAGAAACUAGCUUCAUCGGCUGUUGAAGAACUUGAAUUGGUAUGUGGCGUCAAGGAUGAUCGAGAGAAGCUCAAGAACACGCUAGAGACGAUCCAGAGGGUGCUCGCUGAUGCUGAAUAGAGGCAGACUAAAGAUGAAGCCGUUAGCAUUUGGCUAUCGAAGCUUAAAGACUUCUGCUACGAUGCCGAGGACGUGCUGGACGAUUUCGAAGCUAGGGCUUUGGAGAGGCGGGUGAGGUCUACCGAGCACUUGACCCUCAAAAGGAAAGUAAGCUACUUGUUCUCGUGGAUAUCUAAUUUCAUUUUCCAGUUUAAGAUAGCACAUAAUAUGAAAGAACUGAGAAAGAGACUUGAUGGGAUCAACGAAGAGAAAAGUCAGUUCAACUUGUCGGGGGAUGUUCAUGACAAGAUUAUAGUUCCAUGGAGAGAAACCCAUUCUUUUGUGACCCCUUUAGUUAUGAUUGGCAGAAAUGAAGAAAAGGAAAUGAUAUUAGAGCUAUUAAGAAGAUCAAAUGAUGGUGGGGUUGGAAUGAUAGGAGUCAUUUCGAUUCUUGGAAUGGGAGGUAUUGGAAAGACAGUUCUUACUCAAUUGGUGUACAAUGACAAUUGGGUAAACAAAUAUUUUGAUCUCAAAGUUUGGUUAACCAUGCCAUUAGGAUUCGAAACUGAGAACAUAAUAAGACGCAUCCUCAAGUCUUUGGGUCACAAAAACAAAGAUGAUGGGCUGGAAAUGCUGCAACAUAUCUUGAGAAGCAUUGUGUGGAACAAAAGGUGUCUGUUUGUAAUGGACAAUGUGUGGGAAGUGAGGCGGGAGGGUUGGGUGGAAUUUAGAAAUUUGUUACGAGGUGCUUCCGAGGGUAGUAAAGUCAUUGUGACUUUGCGGAAUAUGUCGGUCGCCUCAAUCAUGGGUUGUGUCCGCCCGCUUAAUUUGACCGGACUUUCGUGGAAUGAUUCUUUUACUUUGUUCGUGAAGUGUGCAUUCGAUCAAGAGCAAGAGAAGAAUCACCCGGACCUUAUGGAAAUCGCCAAUGCCAUCGUGAAAAAGUGUUGGGGAAAUCCUCUUGCGGUGAAGAGUUUGAGAAGCUUGUUGUAUUCAAAAUACAACAAAACCGACUGGGCAUAUGUAAGAGAUAGUGAGAUGUGGCAACUACAAACUGAUAUUUUACCUUCACUGAGAAUAAGCUAUGAUAUAAUGCCGUCAUACUUGAAACAAUGUUUCCAAUGA